AGCUGCGGCCGCAGCGGGGGAACCGCGUGGGAGCUGCUCCUCCUCCCGCUCCUCCUCGUGCCUUGUCCCUCCUCUUCCUCUUCCUCCUGCUCCUCCUCCUCUUCCUUUGUCCCUCCUCUUCCUCCCUCUCUCCUCCCCCUCCCGUGUCCCCCCUCUCGCUGCCGCUGCUGCCCCGCUCCCAGCCCGGCCCGGGCGGUGCCGACCCCCAAAAGCAGCCGCGCUCUGCCCCGGGCGGGUUCCCAAGCGGCCCCGGCCCGCGCGGCACCGGCAGCGAUGCCGGGAGCGCCGGCAGCGAUCCGGAGAGCAGCGGCAGCGAUGCUGGCAGCAGCGGGCGGACACUGGGAGCGCUCUCCCUGCCGGGGCCGCUCUUACUGGGAGCGCUGGGAGGGAACUGGGAGCGAGCGGCGCCCGGACGCGGCUGCGGCCGGCGGGGGCGGGGCCAGCCCCGGCGGGCGUGGUUAUGCAAAUCCGGGAGAGAUCGCGCGCUGGGAUUGGUGGGCGGGAGCAGCGCGGUGUUUUCCCCGUCACGUGAGGGCCGCGGGGGACCGGAGCGAUGGCGGCGGCGUCCGAGACCGAGCGGCUGCUGAGCCGCGGGCCCGGGUACGGCACGGCCCAGGCGGCGCCGGUACCGGGGCAGGAGGAGGAGGAGGAGGAGGAGGAGGAGGAAGAGCUGCGGCGCCGCCUCAAGUAUUUCUUCAUGAGCCCCUGUGACAAGUACCGGGCCCGCGGGCGGCGGCCCGUGAAGCUCGCGCUGCAGCUGGCCAAGAUCGUCCUGGUCACCGUGCAG